GUUUUGAACCGGUCGCGCACUACUCAAGCCACGUACGCGGCCGCGCACAAUUCGCUCGCAGUGUUUCGCGACAAACUCGCUCGGUACACGCGCGCAGUGAUUUUUUGUUUUUUUGUAUUGUGUGUGAUCUUUUUGCGUGACAAUUACGCUGCCCGGGAGGGGGAGGUAGAGGUCUGUGCCUAUCUAUCUCAUUUGCAAUCCCCGGGCGCUAAUGUUAAAAACCGCACCAACGUAAAGGGUGCGUAUAUGUCUAAUUACACAUUUACUCGCUUAGAAGCUGAAGUCGUGCAAAGUUUUCGGACUGUGUGUGUUUGAGUGUGUUCUAAUAUUUGAAAACAAAAGAAGAAAAUAGAGCAUCAAAAGAAGUACAAACAAGAGGCGCUGCACAAAAAAAGGCACCUUCAAAGGUUCUCAGUCGGAGGUGGAAAUGUGCUUUGCAUUUGUGACUGAAAUCAGCUGCAACAAACUACAACCGUCGGACCGUUCGGCAGCUACUGGGCCAGCGAAGGCCCCGUAGAUCGAUACUACAGCCUCAACCAAGUACAAAGAGCGCCGCGUCCGGACGUAGCCGGAUGUUUCACCGACCGCCCCGCCCUCCCCGUCAACAGCUGGCCCGGCCGGGACCAACCCGCCCCCUAUGGGGAAGUGUGCCUCGAAGCAGCCAGCUCCCGGACUGAACGAAUUUGGAAGCGCACCGUACCUUGCCAUCUGCAGCGAAGAUGACAUCCUCUACAUCAAUGUGGGCCAAUCGGAGAGCAAGAAAGCGUCGAAGAAAGCGGCCACCGACACUGGCCUGCACACCAAGGGGACGGCUAUGUCGUUUGGCUUCAAGAAGCACAAGGUGCAUCAGGCAACCACCGGCAGCAACGGUACGAUCGGCACAACCGGAAACAACAAAUUGCCACCGGGUGCGGUCACACAUACCGGCGACGGUGGUGGUGGUGGUGUCGGUGCCAGCGCAGAACCAGUCCCGGGAGCGGUCACUAAUCAGAUCAAGAAGUUCAGCCACAGUAACCACAACAACAACAACAAUAAUAAUAACAACAACAACAGCAAUAAUGCGACACUGGAAAGGGAGAAAGCGGAAAGGGAGCUGGUGCAGGCCACCGUCAUCUCGAACCCGGGCGUCGAUGCGGCAUUUAGCGACAACAACGGAAAUAGCGGAUCGGUAGAGUCGGUGGACGACACGAGCGGUGGUGUGAUGGGCCCCGGCCGAACCACGGCCGCCACCGGCCGUUCCACACCGCGGCUCCAACCCGCCAAGAAGGACAGCAACGGGGCGCCGUACCGCAGCAAUCGGUUCGGCUUCCGCACCAACAACAUCGUCCGGCCGGCAUCGGUCGGGCUGCAGCCCCGGGUGGCCAACGAUUUUGACAAACAUUCCUCCACCGCUACCAACACCAACAACAACAACAACAUCCACGCCCAUAACAACAACAAUAACAACGUGUACGUCGUUAACGACAAGCGCCGCUCGAAGAGCGCCUCCUCGGCGGCCAGCGCACGCACAACCUUUACGCCGCUGCCGGGCACAACAGCGGCGGCGGCUGCAACCGGAACCGGCGGGAAUGGGGCGAUCCUGCUGCACCAGCACGCGUACGGUGGGGGUGCAACUGCGCUGCAUCGUCCGCUGCCGAAAUACCAGGCGCCGAGUACGAAAAUAGCCCACCCCACCGUGCCGGACUCCAACAGUGGUGCCGGUGGGACUUAUCAACAUCAGAUGACGAAAUGCAACCAGGGAGAGCAUAAAAAUACUCAGCAUUCCGGUACCGGGGCGAAGCAGACGGCCCAGCAGCAUCAGUAUACGCACGGCAGCGAAGCCGGCCAGAACGCACCAAGCGGUGGUGGUCUAUGUGCAAAACCACCACUGACUGGCAAUGGGCAUACGGCCGGCGGCACCACUACAUCGGCCAAACUAGGUCAGGAGGCGGCCACAACGGCCAGCAAGUUUACGCUGCACACGUCCAGCCUGCCGAAACCGCAGUACCCGGUGUCGAUCUCACUGACCGGUACUACCGCCGGGCCCGCCGCCGCCGCCAGCUCGCGCUACACGAUGGACACGAAGGGUGCCAAGCAUGCGGUCAACGUGAGUCGCAAAGAGUUCGCCAACACGAACGUGACCGGGGCGCCCGCGCUCGAGGACACGACCACCACGACGACCAGCAGCAUCCGGAUGCCGCGGCAGCGCUACCGCAACCUGGAGAUGGUGAUGAGCGGCCGGCACAAGUUCGAGGUGCGCGAUCUGGAAGCGCUAACGACGGAACCGAUCGUACCGCUGCCGCUGCCGGAGCUGCCGAGUGCGUUCUGCAGCACGGGCAACCAGCGAACGGCACCGCUCAGCGGGCUGAUCCGCUCGACCGAGCUGAAUGCCAGUGCCAAUGCGUCCGCCCUGCACGACGAUAUCGACAUCAACGAUAACCGGUACGAGCAGGCCGAGCCGGGCGCGGCAGAGGAGCAAGUGACACCGACGGCACCGGACAGCGAAGGGCAGAAGGAAAGCCUCGAGGAGGAAAAGCUACUGCGCGAUAACAACUCGUCGGAAAAGAGUCUGAUCAAGGGCGGCGCGAUGAAGGAGCUGAUGGAGAGCUACGAGGAAAGCAAGAGCUCGACGCCGAGCUGCUCGCGCGCUUCCUGGUUCACGGCCGGUGAGGCACUGGCCGCGAAAGACUUUGGCAUCCGCAGCCUAACGAGCAGCGUGGAGAGCAGCACAUCGAGGCAGACCGAUUCGAUGCCCGGCAGCGCACAGGACGAGCAGGAAGAGGAGGACAUCAGCUCCGUCACCAUUACGGCGGGCAAUCCUUCGGCGUUCUCUUCCAUUUCAGCGCCGAUCCCGAUGGAUGUUUCCGCCACCAACCUGGACAGUGUGUCGGAGGUGCUGGUCAGCUUCACCGACCCAGGAACGGAUCCGCUUGCUAGUGGGGGCGGCGAUGCUGCCACCGAACCGAACCGAAUGUACCGCAACGAGCAGGCCAAGUUUGCGGAAAUGGCCGCCGCCAUCAGUGACGUGCUGCUGCUGGACGAUGAAACCUCCCCGACGGACAGUCUCGUUAGCAGCUGUACGGAGAACUCGGACGACGUGAAGAAACCGCGCGGCGGCAAGAAAACGGCCGAAAACACGAAGGAAAAGGAGAAGGACAUCGAUGAGAUCUCGCCCGAGCUGGACGAGCUGACCAGUCCCGUCUCGCCCGGCACACCGACCCAUGCUUCCAACUCACUGUCGCUGUCGGACGGCGGGAGGGAUUUUCUGAUUGACGACGAAAUCGCCGACCAGCCGGGGCUGGUGUUCGAUGAGGGCAGUACGCUCGAUCUUGGCUCGCUCAAUCUUAACCUGACAUCACAGAAGACCGACACCGAUCGAACGCUAAAGGACAACCACAAUCGAGCUGCUGCUGCUGGCACUACAAACGGGACCGGCUCCCAACCGGCAGCAAUCAGGGCGACUCCACCGUCAGCGCCCAAGCCGAGGAGGGCUAUGCCGGAUGCGUACGAAUCGCCGGCCCUGUCGCGCAAGUCGGCACGCAGCGGCAAUCGCAUGGCGCGGGCAGAAUCGCUCGACACGCUCUCACCGUGCGACUCGAUCGCGUCCGAUGACUUUAUGCUUGACUUUGACUGCAACAGCAGCAUGGACUCCAUCGAUCGGGUCGCGCGUUCCAGUAUGGGUGGCAGCGCUAACGGGUUAAACUCGAUGGACGAGCUGCAGCUGUGGUCCGAGCUGGAGAACAAAGGCGGACACAUCAUACGCGAGUGGAGCACACUGCUACGCAGCAGCCCGCAGAGCAACAGCACUCACAGAUCCCAGCUACCGGCAAGGGCACGGCUACUCACCCGACGCCUGCAGAACAACGCGACGCCCACGAAUGGAUCGGAAAGCCCGCGCUCGAUCGACAGCCUGCCGCGGCGAACGUUCGCCGGCUCGUACAAGACGGCCACCCUGAGCCAGUUCCACAAUCUCGCCAACAACAACAACAACAACAACUGUACGGACUCUGCCUCGACCGCUACCAACUCCGCGGAAGAUCUCACCCUGCUCGACAAGUCGCUGCGCAACUCCAUGCUCCAGGACGUGGUGCACUUCAAGAAGCAGCUGGUACGACUCCGCCGGAUAAUGCAAGAGGAUGAAGAAAAUUUGAUGAUGACCGAUACUCUCAACCCAUUUGAAAAUAACAAUGGGCAAUUCUUCACGACGGCAGCAGCCGCAAUGGCCGCCAAUGGUACGAUCGGCUCGGCAACAACUACAGCGGCAGCGACGACGGCAACGUCCCAGGAACAGCAACAGCAGCAGCAGCAAGAAAACAUACUCAUCCGCGAGUCCAGCGUGGCGGCCCUUGCCCUACUCGAGGACCAGCGGCAGGAGCUGGCGGAUCUCAGAAGACAGGUGGUUUACCUUCAGGGUGAGCUAACGGCCAAAGAUCGCACGAUUCGGCAGCAGCAGAAUCUGAUCGAAAAGUAUGAAGCGGAGCGAGAGAAGCAGCACCAGCAGCAGCUCCACAGCCUCACGAACGGUGGCUCGUCCACGGAGAGCGGGGAAGGUACGGCCCUAUCCGGGCCGGACAGUACCGGCAGCAGCGAUCGGAACCACCAGUCGGCGGAAACCAUCAGCACCGCCACGCAAACGGAACGACUGAGGCCCGUUUCCUUCGGUGGACAGGAAGGAUUAGGAAGUCGCAGUGAGAAGCCGGUGACGCCCAAAAACGGACUGCGCACACCAUCAGCAGUAGGGCUGGCGGGGGCAACACCGCCCCACCAACACCACCACCACCACCACCACACCAACGGGACGCCAACGACACCGAAAAGUAAAACGCAAAUCUCCUCCGUCUACACGCAGCUGUCCUCGGUGCGGCACAGCUACGCCGGCAAUGGCAGUGCGCCAACCACACCCACACACGGCACCGGCGCACAGAACGGACUGCGCCGCACCUCGCUCGGCUCUAGCCACAAUCUGAGCACGUUCGGGCUGCACAGCCCCAGCGAACGAUCGCCGAACGGCAGCAACAAACCCGUCCGCACCACACACAUCGGGACGCUCGCAUCACCCAUCCAGCGGCAGCCCCCCAACGGCACCACCGUGAAACCUCCACCCUCCAAAGCAGUUCCGCCGAGCCGAACGAACGGUGUUGUGACCGCGUCGAAAUUGAACGGAUUGAAUGGGACGGCAAAGCGAAUGGCUGCAGGGGCAGGGACUACCACCGGCAGCAGCAGCAUCAUCAGGCCACCGUCUUCGUUCGGGAGCAGCAGCAGUCUAGCGAGCGUCGGUGAGCCGCUGAAAAGCAAAUCGGCACCGCUGGUGGUGGUGCCGAAUGGGAAGCUCCUAACGCCGGCCGCUACCGGUGCGGCGACGAGCGAUGAGCGGGAAACGUCCAGUUCCUCGGACUCGGACAAGGAUACGGUGGUAGUGAAUGGAGGAGCGAUCGGUACGGCGGGGAGUUGUUGCAGCGAGGAGAGCAAUCUUGCCAGUGCCGGCAACACCAACGGCAGCACCGUCAACGGUAUCGUAGGACACUGAACGACCGGGGGUCGGAUGGGUUUGAUGGAAAGAGACAAAACAAAUCGAUGUGUGAUAGAAGGCGCAUAGGAAGGAAGGGAAAAAGCCGUCGGAAAACAGAAGAGAAGCAGGCGAAGGAGAUUCCACUGUGAAGGAGAGGUAUUAGAGAUUAGAAGAGAAUCGUUCGUUUGCAGUAAGUUAUAAUUUUACUUUAUUAGUAGCAAUCAUUGGGAAGAUUGGGCGACGGUGGUUGUUAAAAGAUUCCCUCCUCCACCUCAUGCAAAAAAACGGUCUGCUGGCAAGCUCUGCUAGAUUAAUGAUUUUAAAAAGAGGCUCCCUGGCUUGGGGGAAACCAAGUGUUCUCAGUUUGCGUAAAAGGAUAGGGCGGCAGUAGUUUCAAUUGUGAAUAAUUUCCUAUUUUCCAUCAUUUUUGCCUAUUUUAGUAAUUUCUUUCUCCUCUUCCAAAACAAAAGGCAACUAAAAACCCCCAACCACUGUUGUAUACAUAUGCAUUAACUAAUAACAAACAAAUGGAAAUAUUACACAAAUCUUAGCUAAAGAGCAGCAAGCAAAAAUAGGGGGGCAAAACAGCAGCAAAAUGAUAACUAUACCUAAUAAUUAUACUACGAACCAAUGUGAUCGAUGAUGAUUUGUGUAUUGCAGUACCCUUCCUUCUUGUACAUGUUUAAGGCAAAGCGGCCCAGGCAAAUCGGGGAAAGAAACAACCUUCACCGUUGUGCACAAAAAGGCAAAGAAAGGGCACCCAAUGUGGAAAGGGAAAGGGAAAUCUGUGUAAAGCCUAGUUUCGGUUGUAUUUAUUGAAAAGCAACAUAACGAAAAUUCCCAUUUUUCUUCGGAAAAUCACCCAUAGCACGCUGUUGUAGCAAAAUGCAAAAUGAAAAGGGAAAAAGAGAGAGAAACAAACCGCCUCCUGUAGCAGCUGUUUUUUACAAUUUUUACACAAUACAUAAUCCUGUGGCUUUAUGCGUGUGAGCACAUGUAGGAGAGGACAAAAAAAACAGGGAAAUUAGCAUUAGCAAAAUUGGAAACAGAAAACCACAAUUGAAAUGAUAUGGUCACACUCGUUUUUUUUUUUUUUUGCUCGGUACAACACUUCCAUUUUGUGCAAUUAGUUUAACAGUAGCUCAUUGUUGCCUGUCGUUGUAUUAUUAGCUUCUGGAUUAGUUCUAGUUUUGAACAAGAGGGGCUAGGAACUGUUAAGUCGCAGAUGCGCCAGCAUAUUAGUUUGUAGAGAAAGACAGAGAGAGACAGAGAGAGAGAGAUAAAGGGCAAAGAAAAUGGUAAAGUUUCUUCGAAUCAAAGGUGCUGCCACGUGUGCGCCUAGUAAUAUAUGUUGAUUAAGUAGUAUUUCUACGUAUUCGUUGAAACCCUACAAAAGGUAGUGCGUUAAAGGAUGAUUGUUUCUUUUUUAAAUUGCUAAAUUCAGGUUAAAAGUUAAAAAAAACGUGCAAAGAACGAACAGUGAAGACACACAAAUCUCUCUUGGCAAAAUAUGAUACCGUGGCAGACUCUUUGGACAGGUAGAGCAGAGCAAAAAUCCCACUUUUGAAAUAAUUCCCCAUGUAACGUAAAAUAUAACGACUUGAUAAAUCGCAAAAAAAAAAUACAACGCUGAAAUCAUAACUCUCUUUCUCUGUGCAGAAUGCGCGCAUACUGUCCCG